CAACGCGACCGCAAUGUGUGACAGUUCUCCAGACGCGCUAAAGGCUCAGGCGGCCUUUGGGGCCAAUGUCGGCACUAACUUUAUGCGUCAGUUUCGUGACAAGAAAACACGCGAACUCAAGAACCUUACAGCGUCACAAUUCAUGGAAGUGUGGUCGCACUAUGAUCACGACGGAAACGGUUAUAUCGAGGGAAGGGAGCUAGAUGAUUUUCUCCGCGAGUUUGUCUCCAGCGUCAGCCUUACCGAUGUCGGCCCAGAAGUCGUGUCGGAAUCAAUGCUUGAAGAGCUUCGCGAGUGCUUCAUGGAAGCUUACGACGACAACAAGGAUGGCAAAAUCGAGAUUCGUGAGUUGGCGCAAUUGCUCCCUCUUGAGGAGGGAUUUCUACUUUUAUUCCGCUUCGACAACCCGCUCGACAGCUCCGUCGAAUUCAUGAAGAUUUGGCGGGACUAUGACACAGACGGAAGUGGAUUUAUUGAGGCAGACGAACUUAAAAACUUUUUAAAGGAUCUCUUGCGAGAGGCGAAAAGAGAUAACAUCGAGGAGGAUAAACUAAUCGAAUAUACGGACACGUUGCUUCAAAUAUUCGAUAGCAACAAAGAUGGAAAGCUCCAACUUAGCGAAAUGGCCAAAUUGCUUCCUGUGAAAGAGAACUUCUUGUGUCGUUCAGCUUUCAAGGGUGCAAGUAAGUUAACUAGGGAGGACAUCGAGAGGGUGUUCGCAUUGUAUGAUCGGGACAAAAACGGCACAAUCGAAAACGAGGAACUAAAAGGCUUUUUAAAAGACCUUCUGGAGCUCGUGAAAAAAGAUUACGACGCGCAGGACCUUGCUGAGUUCCAGGAGUCAAUCCUUCGAGGAUGCGACUUCAACGCAGAUGGGAGAAUUUCCAAAAAGGAGCUCACUAUGGUUUUGUUAGCGCUCGCCAAGCAAAAUGAUCUCGAGCAAAAGUAAAUCUCGACGUUUACGCAAAACUGACUUCUGUUGACAUUUAGAAACAGGAUGAUUUCACAAUCCGUCGGGAUCGAAGAGUGGCGACGGUUUCUUCAUAUUUAUAUUGUUGUUCAAUCGCUAGCUUUAUUUACGUGUUAGACAAAUACAGUUUACAGAGCUUGCCAAGUAUAUGAACAGGAUGAAUGUUAUCAUAUAAAGUCAUCUGUCGAUGAAAGGCAAAACGAACUUUCGCUUUUCUCACCAAGAUACAUACGGGCAUCGAUAAAUAUGAAAAGUGCGGACACUUAGUCAGAACGGUCAUACUACGCAACGGCAAAUAAACAUUUGCCCAACGUAACAGACACACAAAUGGACAGGCUUACUUGACAAAAACCAAAAGCCGACUACGUAAAUUAUAGUAAGCCAGUAACUCCGAGAUCUUUUGCUGAUUAUGUGCCUACGACUGUUCUGAAGUACAAAUCCAAACAUCCUGAAAGCUUCGCUGAGUGGGAACAUGAUGCACUUUUUAUGUAGCUCAACGCGACAGGUACGUACCAGUGAACUAGUCAAUCCAAAUUUCGGAACAAUCGGUCUACGAGCGAUAGCUCAGAGACAUGCCAUCUAGAAUGUGUUUAAGAAAAGCACGACGUCUAAGUCUAAAAGGAGGAUACGUUCAAGUUGUACAAUUUACUUUCUACAUAACUAUCCAAAUAGAUAUCAGCAAUGUAAGUUCGUAUAACAUUAUUCAUGUAGCUUUCAAUUGCCAGUGUUCUAUGUAAAAGUCGACGCACUAAUCUAGCGUCUCCUGAGGACACUCCAAUCUUUUCAGGAACAUAUUUAGCUAGCAACUGAUUGUCUAUAAACAGAUGGUAUUUCUUGAGUCAAUAUUACAUCACGUACUGAUUCAAGCCAGUUGGAAGUGGCGUUCGCUAUCCGCGCGCCUCUGUCAAAAAAGCACGUUGCUACCGCCAUGAUACUCUGCGCGACCGCGACAGCAACGCAGAGGCGCUAGCUGGCGUCUCUGCUCGUCAUACGGUAGAGGACACCGUCUGUAUCGUACUGUCUUGCAUCUACUUGCAUUUACCCCUUGCUGAAUGAUCGUAUACAGUGAUCGCGCCAGCGCGUAUAGCGUAUCAUGUUGUGUCGAAACUAUGGCCCAUUAAAAAAAAUUAUAUGCUUUGUAAUUAUGAGCUUCGGCACAGUUUUCGCUUUUCGUCACUUCAGCAACUGAGUGCGAGACCGCCUAAACAGAGCAGCAGAUCGCAUUCAUAAAUUCCCCCAAGUUUGAGCCCCAUGGCAGGUCUAUAUCAGUGUAAAAAUGAACUGUUAUAGCAGACGGUACAGCAGACAAGAUGGUGACAGGCUUUUCACAAACAGAUCUAUAGAUAUGAUACGCUGUUAUCAAAAUAUCUUACGUCACAUUCAAUUGAUCGCCAGCUUAAGAAUAUUAGAUCUCGUUGAAUGUAAAACACGAUACAUUUUCUAUUAUACUUAUUAUUCGUUGUUUACCGGUGCGUCAUUACUUCGCCAAACGGUCCACACCUACGGUAAAGCUUCCUUCCUGUCCAGAAAAUUUUCUAAUCCAAUACGAAAUUUCCGUUUGUAUUUCGAACUUGCUUUCUAGCUUCUAAAUCAUUCCUAUAUAGGAAUAGCAUAGCAUAGCAUUAAUGUACGAAAACGUUCUCCGAAGGACUAUCAGGUAUUGAAUUUGUUGUGCUUCAACUUGGUAGAGCAAUUGAGUAUUAGAUACUUGAUGGUGACCCCCUAUUUCUUUGGCUUCUCGUUGUUGCCAGUCGACCAGCUAAUUACCUAACCUGAAUACAAAGAGAGAACUACUCGCGUGCCCUAGCGCAAUGAGCUCGAUAACGAAGAAGCUCAGACUUCAAACAGGAGUCAGAAACAGAAUUGAACCCGAUCCUACGUGCGGAGCUUGAGGAUGUAUCUGUUGCUAAAUUACAUGUGAUCCCUCAAAAGUUAUACGCAUCAUAUCGGCUAACGUAUUUCGUCUGGUUCUUACUUAUGAAACGUAACGAUUACUAUCGCAACGAUUAUUCUUACAGUUGUCUGUCAUCUUCGAGAAAAGUUAAUCGACACUGCCAUCAACUUCCAUCACCUAUCCAAGUCAGGUCUGGUCACUGCUCCGGCUGGCGCAUCUCCAUCAAGUCGUCGGCAAGCAACAAAUACCGUCGGAUGCCUUCGCCUCCGUUAACCCAAUCGAUUAACGGUUACUGAAAUGAUCAGCAUUCAGAAAUAAGGAACGGCCCGGAGCGGCUUAUGAUCUGAGCAUAUCAAAUCGAACAGCAGAAGAAGGGCUUGCAACAAAGAGGUGUGGAAUUGCAAUGCUGAUUGAGCAGGUCCUGCUACCUGAGAGGCACCUAACUUUAGCCACUGUGCUGUUUUGCCUUGUUUCGCAACUGACUUUACUAGCAGACGGUGCGACUAUUGUGGCCAGCAGAACGUGCACGUAUGAGGUAGCAUCUGAGGUAACCCUCUUACGAAAGCACCUAAAAAAAGGCUUUUGGACGUUUACAUUAAGCCUACUCAGCAGGCACAUAGAUAUUUGGACAUGGCCUACAGCCUCGUACCAACACCUCCCUUGUUACACUUGACUGUCUCAAAAAUAGAUCGGUGAAUAGCGGCCAACAAUAGAAGACUGACUAAAGUGUUGUAAAGAAACACUAAGCAGUCACUGUAGUAUUCGCUAGAAUUGAGAGAAUGCCGGCACUUAGUUUGCAAUGAACAAAUUAGUAAUCGUUCUUUAUACUCCAUCGAUCCCGGGUUCUCUACUAGACAUAUCGGCUAUAAGUUUCAAGUUCCGUGCGCACAUACUUGCCAAAAUGUUCGGAAUCUCCAUAUAAAUAGCUUGGCAAGAUCGCAAAUAUAUUAAAGGUGGAAUUGCGAUACGCAGGUUGCGUUAUAGUAAUAUAGAUAAAUAUUAGCGAUCGUAAGUAUUUUCUGAUAUUGGCGAGAAAUGAUAAUAAUCAGCUCGCGUAGGAAACCUUCAGAGACUCAAGUCAUGGCUCGUACGAUCGCCAUGUUGUCCGCCUGAAACAUAUCAGCCUCACGGUUACAUGCUCCUGUACGACCCAUUCAUGCACAGUAUACCUACCUAUGCGCCACACUCCCUGAACAGUGAUGAUAUAUAUCUACAGAGAGAGAUAUGUGUCAUGUAUCAGAGGGUGGUCAGUGUUGUAUACAAGAGUAGCCUCAGUUGGCGGAUGAAUUCAACUGUCCUAUCGUAUACCGUAGAAGAAAAAAUAUUUAUUGAAUAGGUAAAUGCGAAGUGAAAUAUACAGAAUUUUAUAGGAUAUGCGGAGGUUGUCUUCCGCCGUCUCAUUAACGACAAAACACCACAUCCGGAUAACCCUGAACCUAAGGGCACCUAACCAGCAUCAUAACAUGUGAUGGGAGCUCAGAUUCGUGAAAGCCAGUACGUAUAUUUCUCAAGUACCCCACCUUCAAGAUCUUGCCAAGAUAUUAAGAAUAUUUCGACUGCUGAUGAUGUUUGAUUCUAGAGAAGAAAUGCAAACAAGGAUUUGCUUUACUCCUUUGAUGGACCUUUUCUGCAAACCCCCAAGCGGUCUUUUCUAAAUCUAAAAAGUGCGUUAUCUUCGAUAUGCAUCCCUUUGUCUCACAACGGAGCUUUUCAAACAAACAAACCUAUUAAAAUAAUAGUUCCUAUUUACUGAUCUGCUUUUCUCAUUUUUUUUGUUUGCUGAUCGCCACCUAUUAUUGUGUUCAUUAUUUCAUAUCAGUUUUAGAAUUUUGAGCUUGCGUUAUAAAGGUGGAUAUCUUUUAGGUAAAAAAAAAAAUGCUACCAGAGUUAUUAUGAAUGUUUAUGGCGUGCACGAAGUGAUAGGAUAUAGUUAAGAGCUCUAUUCUAAGGUGGACUACUACGUUUAAAUAAGAUUUUCAGGUCCAAUGCAAAUUACCUUUAGCCAUCUUUGAAAAAAGAUACUUGCUAGUUGAGCUCGCACCUCUUCGAUAAAACAAAAUUCUUAACAUCUGCGAAGUAAAUUUCUUAGGUUGCUUCUGCAGUUUUUUCGUCAUUGGCGGAAACGCCCGUGUCGCAAAUUCGCUUCUUUUUCACCCAACAUGUUUUUUUGGGGUUCGAAACCCAAGUAAGGGUGGUGCAACACCUUAAGCAAUGUAGUGUUCGACAAUAUGUACCAUUAGCAGACGAAAGAUAAGAACAGAAAAGCCCAAAUAACUUAGCGCAACUUAACUUAAACUUAAAACUAAGUAAAUCUACUAAGAUACAUAGAAUCACCUAGUCGUUAAGAGCCAAUAUAUGUACUAUGAAAGACACGUAUAGGCUUUUCAGUGCUGCGCAUCGACAUUGCUCGCUACAGAGCAGGUUGACUAUUAUAUCACGUACGAUAGACCUGCUGGAUAUGAUGUUACGCGACGGAAACAAUUAGUAACAAUGUACAAUUGUUAUCAAGCAGUUAUUGCUAAUUAUGUAGUUCAGGAAAAGUCAAUGUAAUUUCAGUAUAUGUUACUUACACACGUGGCAUAGAUUCCGUUGUGCCAGUGCGGGUAUCAUCGAUUCAAAAGACCGUAUUUCUUUUCUACUUAUGAAUACGAAUAAACAGUACACAACAUGUGUGAUGAGACAAUUACUUCAGCGCUUUCCCGCUCUGUCUCGGUUUCGUUUGCCCUAUCAGGGUCUUCCUUGUUUCCCCUUUCGAGUUCGCAAAUAACAAAGGACCAUGCGGACCACCGAAUCGUAUUAAAUAGUACAGAACUUCAUAGUUAAUUAAUACCCACUUAGACAAUAAUUCCUGUGUAUAUGUAGAAGUUUUGCCUUGGCAGCACCGUUCGCGAUGCUCCGGUGGCUUUUCAUGUUUACAUAUGUAUGGGCACUCAUACAUGCCCACGCUACGGGUUAUACAACAGACGUAGUCUCAUAUUUAGUUUUUCGUACGAGGUAGUUAUGAUGGACACAUAUGGACGUGUUGACUCGGUGACUGUGACUACAGUCCCAUAUUCAGACCCCUCAAAACUAUAGUUCGCAGAAAUUCAGAGUUGCGUACCACCAUGUAUACUCGAUUCGUUCUAACAAUCUACAUGUAUUUAUCCAGUUAAAAACAUAUCUGAUGUAAAAUAUAUAUAUACAAACAGCUAGACAAAUAUAUAUAUAUAUAUAUAUACGGCUAUUUAAAAAUGUUGAAAAGCAGACAGAGGAAAGGGUGAGAGAGACAUGUUACUAAGGACAAAAAGUUGCUUGUUGAUGUUGAACAAGUGCAAUACUGUUACUUUUACCAUAAGAACAAUACACGUGAUGAAAUAUACGCGUGAUAAAGGAGUGAUGUUCUUUAAGUUGCCUGAAGUUCAUCACGUCGGCUUUAGCUUAAUAUGCCAGGUAAUAUCGUUAUCGCGUUAGUUAUAGAUGAUUAGCCAGAGCAAUCGAAGACUUAAGAAACUCUACUGAAUUUCGCCUACGGUGAAUUGAAUAUUUGCGCUAAAAUGUUCAACUCAAGUGACCAAACAUUGCUUUAUAAGAAUGCGACCUGAGUAUAGACCAAGAAACAGGACCCAAGAGAUAGCCAUUGUGGUAUUCAGGUUGAUUUCAAUGUAAUUUGGCCAAAUCGUGCCGAGUUGUGUUGAAUUUCAUACUCGAUACCACUACUGAGCAUGACAUCAGACGGCCGGCUCCCCGUACCAAAAAACGCUAGUCCCUCCAGUUUAGCAGGGAACACGCUAUUCAGUACGCUAUCACAUCGCACCUACAAAAAUCUUUACUUUAUUUAAUAGUAAAUAAGGCAAUGAAUGAGGUGAGUCUUGAUUUACCGAGAUAAGUGGUGACGAGCAGUAAGACACUGUGUAUUGACAACAAACCCUUAGCCUAUACCGAAAUCAAGCUAUUGUCCUAUACAAGCCGAAAUAACCUUGAACAGAGGAUUACACAUGUUAGACUCCAAUGGCGUAAAAGUUAUCAACGCUUUACGUGGGAAAAUACACAAAUAGAUCGCAAUGUGCGUCAAUUGAGCUGAUGAUUUGUAUAACGAACGGCUUGGAAAAUUCCUUGGACUGUAUUCUAGUAGGUAAAUAAAAUGGAACGCGAAAUUAAUAAACAUCGUUGCGAGAGUA